GAUGACAGACUUUAGUACGCGUGAUGGUGACUGAAGGACACAGGAGCUGCAAAUUCUGUGCCGUCAUGAAAACACACACUGAUCUCUCUGGUGCUGUAGGCUGGAACGUCUGGAGGAACUGUGAUUUGAAAAGCUGUAAGUUGUCACAGAUGCACUCACUACGGACUUCAGUAAUAUUGCAAGAGUUUGUUAUAUGUUACAAGUCGUUAAAUUACCGCAAUUGUGAGUCUUAUAUAACUGAUAGAGGUCGAUGACUCACAAUCACAGGGCCCACCAUCACUUCGCUAUUCCUUUCGGCAGAAAACAAAAAUGUUACUACGACUAUAAUUUUGAAAGACCAUGAGGAUGAGUAAUUGUGUUUUCAUAUUUGUAUGUCACGCGUUAGUUACAUGAUGAACUGUGAAGAUUUGUCACUACUCAUUAAGUGAUAUGUGAGUCAGUUUUCGCUAUAUCUCUUCAAGACUGUGCACCGUGACUUCUCUCGCUGUAUUAGCCAUCCUUCCAUCCCUCGGAGGCGGUAUGGUGAAGUUCGUCAAGAGGUGUCCUCGAUCUGGCGGGGCUGGCAGGUGCCUUCCUCGGCGCUGAGUGUCGAGCAGCCAGCAAGGACGCGCUGCUGGGCUGGCUAACGUGGCGAAGGUGCUCAGAGGAACAUCAUGAGCGAGGGGCAGAAAGGCAGCACGAUAACCUGGCAGCUCAUGCGCGCGCGGUUAGUUAGAGGCCUUGGUGAGCGGGUGCCAGGCAGAGGCAGGUCGAGUAAGCUUCACUCAGUGUUCUCGCUUCCAGAAGCCAGCACGGGCCCUCUCGUCACCCGCGCCUGUGAGCCACCCCACACGCGCGCCGCCCCACUCCCCAUGCCCCGGCCCCCGCCCCCGCUCCCCUAGGACCCCUGCUGCUCCCCGUCGCCUGCCGCUGCCUGCUGUCCGGGAUGGCCCCCAGCGCGCCAGUCCUGCUGCCCUGGUGACGUGACGCCCGCGAGUCGUGAAUAUGGUGAGGCGGCUCGAUGCCUUGGCGGUGUGGUGGUGGUGGUGGUGGUGGUGUGGGGCGGGUGUGGCCGGCCUGGUGAUCGAGGGCCCCGUCACGCUCACCACCCCCAGCGGGAGGCUGCGGGGUGAGCGCUACCUGCUGCACGACGGGUCGCGCGGCAUGAGGUUCCUCGGCAUUCCGUACGCCAAGCCGCCGCUCGGACCUCUCCGCUUUGCUGCGCCGCAGAAGGCAGAGGCGUGGGAGGGGGUGAGGGACGCUCGCUCCUUCGGCCCCAUAUGCUACCAGCCACUGGAGAACGAAGUGUGGGACCUUGUGGAAUCCGAGGUUGACCUUGUGAAGGUCGAGAAUCAGCUAAGGGAGGCGCUGGCGAGGGAGAUGGGCACGGAACUGUACGAGGAGGAGGUGGAAGAGGUGGAGGACAUGGCGAGGAAGAAAGUGGAAGUGGCGCACAAGCUGAGAAAGAAAAAGAAAGAACAAGAGGAGGAGGAGAAGUGUCGUGGACGAGGGAUGCAGGAAUGUGUCGAGUGGAACCUGGAAUAUAUUGAGGAGGGGGAGGAGGCGGUGGUGGAGCAGGAGGAGGAGAAGGAAAAGGAGGAGGAGGAGGAAGAGGAGGAGGCGAAUAAGGAGGAGGAAGUGACGCAGACAGAUGCAGCGGCGGUGGGUGAAGCGUUCAGGACGAGAGGGCCAUCUGGUGGUGGUGAUGGUGGUGGUGAUAGCAGUGGUGGUGACAGUGGCGAUGGUGAUAACAGUUAUAGUGAUGGUGACAAUGAUGGUGGUGGCGGCGGUGGUGGCGGUGGUGGUAGUGGUGGUGGUGGCACGCCAGUUAUACCCAGAGGAAAAUCAAUAAGGAAAACACAAACGAGGAGAAUGAUGAGCGAGGGAAGAAUAAAAAAAUUAUCUCGGACGAAGAGGAAGAGCAAGAGAGGACGAGGAUGGAAGAAGAAAAAGAAGAAGGAAGAAAGCAUUAUGAGAAAGAGCCAGAGGAAGGAAAGUGAAGGAGGAGGAAGAGGAAGAAGAGGGGGAAAGAGGAGGACACACGAGGAGGACGAGGCAGGACAAUGAAGGAGGGAUGAACGAGGAGGAGGAGGAGGCAGGGAGGGGACUAUCUCUACAUGAAGGAGAAAAGCAUGAGCGAAUACCUUAUGUCGGAAGACUGCCUCACCCUCAACGUGUUACACCCCCCCUCGUGAGUACACCCCGCCUCAGUACACCCCCCCU